UUACGUUAGCUAACGGACACAACUUUAAGCAGCUAGCUUAGCUAACUUAGGAGGUGUUUAUAGGUUCGGCAAAUUAUCUCCUCAAUUGGCAAACUGCGAAGUCAUUCACCUGGAAAGCAGAAACACGGAUUUGUUUAGCUAACCUCGUCCUCUUCGUCUCUGUCGUUAGACAGAAAACGAAAUUAAUAUAUGCCCGCUAUCGCAUGAAGAAGGACAGCUCACCCUUUAGCUGUGUUUACCAUUUCAUUGCUAUGUGCGCUUACUUUCAUACAUGGCAGCGGGCGGCAGAUCGAAGUCACUCUGUGCAUUAGUGCAUUCAGCCAAACUGACCAACACCGCCCCUUCGCCCGGGCUGCCCCGGAGUUAAAAGUUAGUGCGGUUAUGAGAUGACGCAUGCGCAUCAGCGUCCAAAAUGUGGCAGCUAGGUCGACCUGGCCAGCGAUUAAAUCGGCUAUAUUCGAUAUCCAAAGCAGCGUGUGUCCAUAGUAGUAGCAGUGUGCUGACAGACAGCUGCUAUGAUGGGCUGUAUCCUGGACAUAUCCACACCACCCCCUUCCAGAAAGCCCUACUGGCUGUUGGGUCAGGUGUGGCUGCACUACAAAACCCCUACAGACACGACAUGGUUGCAGUGCUCGGGGGAGACAACAGGACACCUAGCGUUAAUAAAUAUCAGGACAAGAUGAGAAACGACCCCGAAGGCUACACAAUCCUUACAGAAAGGCCCAGGGAUCCGUCUUCUACACUUGAUCUGAACGAGAUGGCCUCUCUGCCUGACGGCUCUUUGGGGAGAGAAUACCUUCGUUUUCUAGAGGAGAAUGUGAAUCGUGACCCCCCGACUCAAGGGCAGACGUGAGGUUUUGUGGACGAUGAGGAGCUAGCGUACGUCAUGCAGAGAUACAGAGAGGUCCAUGAUAUUCUGCAUACCUUACUGGGAAUGCCCACCAACAUGCUGGGGGAAGUGGCGGUGAAAUGGUUCGAAGCUGCUCAGACGGGCCUUCCCAUGUGUGCUCUUGGAGCUGUGUUGGGGCCCCUUCGGCUGAAUGCAAGCCGCUUACAGUCGCUGUUCACAUCCUUGGGUCCUUGGGCUCUGCAGAAUGGUCAUCGAUCUCGCUGUGUCCUCAGCAUCUUCUACGAGAGACGAUGGGCACAAAGCAUCGAAGACCUCCGACAAGAGCUCAACAUAGAGCCCCCGCCUGUCAUUUUCACUGCUACCAACAAUAAAAACAUCUGACGAAGACAAAGAAAUACGAGGAACGAGGAAAUUGCCAAACUUUGGAAAUGUGAAUCAUUUGGAGUGAAGUGAUUUCAGCUGAUCACAUGUUUGGUUCGACAAGUCAUGUUCAGUCUCCACCAGUUGUUGAGAAAGUGUGUACUUGUAUGAAUUAAUUAAAAAAAUUAAGUAUGUUCGUUAUUAAA